AACAAAAGCUUUUAUUGGGGAGCCCUUGUUCCAACACAAACACCCAAACAAAGCCUCUCUCAAGCUUUAUCGCCGCAAGCAUGAAAUAAUAUUCUUAGGGCUAUCUGUGCCCGGUCCAAACUCAAUGCGAGAGAAAGAUGAAUCAUUCCAGUCUACUUUUAUUUCUAUUACUCUUGCUUCUGGUCGUCCUGAGAGCCUCAUGUUCACUCAAUUUGUACAUAAAUCGCACUGAAUCCAAGAAAAUUCUCGGGAUCGAGGGUGACAUAUACUACAUACGAGACGGGCAUGUUAAACUCAACGCCGUCAACUUUAACAUGACGGUGCCUUCGCGAGUGGAUUGUUUGCGAUUUAUUUGGUACUCUAAACGGAUACCGUCCAAGCCCAUGGGAUACUACUACACUUUAGAACUGAGAUCAUUUACUCCCGAUCUUCUGGUUGAACCAAAGGUGAACAUAGAACGACUUGGUCCUGUUCCAGAAACCAAGAAAGAAUUCUGUGUAAAUAUGACCUGUAGUGGAACCAAGGAUGGCACAGCACACAUGUUAAUCCAAAUAAACAUAACUUCAGAAGAAAGACAGUUCAUGUUAAAUCUUCAAAGGAUAAAAUCAUGUAGAAAAGUUACUCAUGUUCAUACAAGUAUUACCAAGCCAACAGUUUCACCACAGAGAGCUGGCACUGAAGCAAAUCGACCCAUCUCCCCGAUGGAUAAAACAACGGUGUUCUACAUUGCAGUAGGAGUGGCUUGUAGCAUUAUUUUUAUCAUUGCUCUUGCAGUAGCCGCCAUUCACGUCCAUUCCAUGCCAAAUCCAAACAGCAAUAAAGAUGGGGCAAGUGAGUCUGAGGCUGCUGGAGGGCAGCAAUCUUUGUCCAAAACACCUCUUAUCACUGCAGCAGAGCAACCAAAACAAGUAGCAGUCAAUGCAGAUGGAAGCAACUGUGCUCAAAAUGGUUACAUUCCAAAUGCAAACCACAUUCCAGUGAAGGUUGAAAUCCAGGCAGGUCCAACAGCAAAUAGCCUAGCCAGAAACAUGCCUGCUGUAUUGACAAUUCUAAAUGGAGAUGUACCACAUGUAAGGCCAAGGAUACCAGGAGGGUUUCCCGUCAGGGACAGCACUAUUAGCAUUACCCCGAGUGAUGGAUAUUACAGUGCAGGGGGACUGCAAUCAACGCAGAAGGGGAAAUAUGGCAACAGGGACAUGAAAGCAGAGUUAAAAGACUUAGAGGUGGAAAUGGAUAGGAUCACUUUAGGGGAUCUGCUUGAAGAAGGGACUUUCGCUCGUAUUUAUAAUGGUGUUUUAACUGGACCCGGAGAAGGUCAACAACAACAAAGCGUUUUGGUGAAAACUGUCUCUGGAAUGGCAUCGGCGGACCAAGUGAACCUGUUACUGAUAGAAAGUUCCAUGUUAAAGGACUUAACUCACAGAAAUCUUCUGCCUGUUAUGGCAGUAUGCUUGGAAGAUGAGAAACAACCGUUAGUUAUGUUUCCAUUCAUGAACAGAGGCAAUCUAAAAUUGUUUAUUAAGAAAUCCAGAUCUCCGGAAGGUGGUUCCAAGUCACUUACGACAGCAGAUCUUGUUCAUGUUGGUAUUCAAAUCGCCAAAGGACUUCAAUACUUAGCAAGACGAAGAAUUGUGCACAAGGAUAUAGCUGCAAGGAAUUGUGUCAUUGAUGACGACUUGAAUGUGAAAGUAACAGACUGCGCAUUAUCAAGAGACUUAUUCCCUCAAGAUUACUGUUGCCUUGGUGACAAUGAAAACAGACCAGUCAAAUGGAUGGCGGUGGAAAGCUUGGAGCAAGGCAGAUACACUGUGGCGAGUGACGUGUGGGCCUAUGGUGUCACUCUGUGGGAGCUGAUGACUCUGGGACAACAGCCUUAUGGAAACAUCGACGCUUUCGAGAUGCUGAACUUCCUCAAACAAGGACACAGAAUUUCCCAGCCCGUCAACUGUCCUGAUGAACUCUUCACUGUCAUUGCCUGUUGCUGGGCUCUGUCUGAAGACGAGCGGCCAGGUUUUGGGCAGAUGAUCGUGUGUUUGACGGACUUUCUUAAUGCUCUGAGCAAUUUUAUCUGAAAGAAAAAUAUCCGGUAAAUAUCGGAAGAGGAGAAGGCGUCAUUGUUUGUAUGGUGUGUCGAUGUCAGUGUCCUGUCUUCUAAAGGCAAGCUACAGGCCGGGGUCGCCUCUCUUUUACAAGUUCGCAGCAACAAAUAGUUGACAGUCUGUAAAGGAAUUUACUCCAACUGUUCAUUUAUCAGUUCCAUAUAGGAUGUGUGGCACUACUCUGCACUCGGUUGAAAUUGUUGCUCGAGCUGACCUAAAUUCAGUGUAAAUGGACCUCAAAGGAAAACAUGGAACGUUAUUGAAAAACUUCUUGCUGAAGCAUCUAUCACUGGCUGAGGAAAGUCAUAUCUCAGUUACUUGUGUUUGUAACCAGCUCAUGAGAAGCGCAAUGAUCGUGUCUUACUUCCUUCAUGUGACUUGUCCAGCGGUUUACACUAUGGAAGCAAAAAUUCCUUGACUUCAUGCAUCACAGCCGGAACAAAUCUUUCCCAGAGAGAGAGGAAAUUAAGGGUAGCCCUAUAGCAGAGACUAGCUAAUAUUUUGCCCAAGAAUAUGCGUGAAGAAGUAAUGAAAUAGAUUGCUAAGUAUAGUGCAUUUGAGCUAUGUUCACUGAGUGGUAAAAUAAGUUUGAAGCUCCUGUGGUCUAGCUUUAGUCCAACGUGCUUCUCUCACCCAACCGAACUUUCCAAGCUGAUGACGUCACCCCGUUUCACCCUCUGCCAUUUGAAAGUUUGUAAAACGGUUCUAGGCCAAAAGAAUUUCGUUUAGUCAUAUCGACUCGUAAUAUAAAUACAUUUUCGUGGAGUUAUGUUUCUGCAAUCAAAUUCAACUGGAUCCCAGUUACAAGUGACGGAGCGGGCACAAAAACCGCGGGUUCACAGGUCAUUGACAGAGAAUCAGUGGGUAAAUUCGAUUCUCAGAGGUAAUAUAUUUCACUUGUGUACGAUAGAUUUUGCGUUGUGGUAACUGAAAUAUUCCUCGAAAGAUUAUUUUUUAAUAAAUGACUUUGAAGUAUAAACUGGC